CCGGGGCGGCUGGCGGCGCGGGCGGGUGGCGACGGCAGGCUGGGGGCGGCGACGGCAAGGGGCCGCGCGCGGAGGGCGCCGGGCGCAGCAUGGGCGGCCCGCGGGCCUGGGCGCUGCUCUGCCUCGCGCUCCUGCUCCCCGGAGGCAGCGCCGCGUGGAGCGUCGGGGGAGCCCAGUUCUCCGGGCACAGGAACUGGUGCUCAUACGUGGUGACCCGCACCAUCUCAUGCCACGUGCAGAAUGGCACCUACCUUCAGCGGGUGCUGCAGAAUUGCCCCUGGCCCAUGAGCUGCCCGGGGAACAGCUACAGAACCGUGGUGAGACCCACGUACAAGGUGAUGUACAAGACGGUGACCGCCCGCGAGUGGAGGUGCUGCCCGGGGCACUCGGGGCCGAGCUGCGAGGAAGUUGCAGGCUCCUCUGGCUUCGUGGAGCCUGGGUGGUCGGGAAACACCCUGCGGCGGAUGGCGCUACGGCCCACAGCCUUCUCAGGUUGCCUCAACUGCAGCAAAGUGUUGGAGCUGACGGAGCGGCUGAAGGUGCUGGAGGCCAAGGUGGCAGUGCUGACUGUGACCGAGCAGGCAAUGUCGCCGACUCGAGCUGCCCCUGAGGACCCCGCCCCGCUCUGGGGCUCUCCAGCUGCCCAGGGCAGCCCCGGGGAUGGAGGCCUCCGAGGGCUACCUGGAGCCAGAGAAAACACGAGGGCCCCGCUGCUCCCUCGAGAUGAUGGAGUUGGUACCCGGGGGCUUCCUGGGCCCACUGGCCCCAAGGGAGACACCGGCAGCCGUGGCCCAAUGGGGAUGAGAGGCCCACCAGGUCCGCAGGGCCCCCCAGGGAGCCCUGGCCAGGCUGGAGCCAUCGGCACCCCUGGAGAGAGGGGACCUCCGGGCCCACCAGGGCCUCCAGGCCCCCCUGGCCCCCCAGCCCCUGUUGGACCACCCCACGCCCGGAUCUCCCAGCAUGGGGACCCAUUUCUGUCCAACACCUUCACUGAGACCAGCAGCCACUGGCCCCAGGGACUAGUUGGACCCCCAGGCCCCCCAGGGCCCAUGGGUCCCCCUGGACCUCCUGGUCCCAUGGGCAUCCCUGGGAGUCCUGGACAUAUGGGACCCCCAGGCCCCACUGGACCCAGAGGAGCCUCUGGCCACCCAGGAGAGAAAGGCGAAAGAGGACUGCGGGGGGAACCUGGCCCCCAAGGCUCCACGGGGCAGCGGGGAGAACCUGGCCCCAAAGGAGACCCUGGUGAGAAGAGCCACUGGGCUCCUAGCUUACAGAGCUUCCUGCAGCAGCAGGCUCAGCUGGAGCUCCUGGCUAGACGGGUCACCUUGCUGGAAGCCAUCAUCUGGCCAGAAACAUCAGUGACCAUCUCCCAGACCUCCUUCCCUCUCACAGAGGAGAGACCAAGGACCAACUCCCAGGCUCUCAGCACCUUUUCAGGUGUCCUCCAUCUCCUCUCAGGAGGAUUGGGGCAGGAGCCAGAAGGAACACAUUCAGGGCCCUGUGGCCUUGGAUCUGUACCCUGCCCCGCUUCAGCCAACUGCCUCCGCAGCCCAGGAAGGAAGUGCUGGUCACCAGGGAAGGCCCACGCCCUCUCUCUCAGGUGGCCAUGAACCUGGGAGAGUGGCCCCAAGAGCCUGCUUGGGGUGUGGGCCUGGAAUGAAGAUGCAGAGAAGAUGGAAGCCUCCCAUUGGCCCAUAGUACACAGCAGGUGCUAACUAAAGCCCCAGAUGGGGCUCAUGUUUAGGUUAUAAUCAAUAAUGAUAAUAGUAACAGCUGUCACACAUCUGGCCCACCCAGGUUGGGGGAUUUACACUGAUCACCUCUGGUCUUUUCAACAAGCUUGCUAGGUGGGCACCCAUUUUACAGAUGAAGAAACAGGUUCAGAGGGCUUACAUACAUGACUCCCUCAGGGUCAGAGGGAUAGUGGCAGUAAGGCCAGGGGUCCACCCCAGGUCUGUCCUCUACAGCGCUGGCUCUUUUGGGUCCAUCAACAAAGGUUCACUGACACUCUGCUUGGCCAGGCCCUGAAUGGGGCCCGGGGAAAACCAAGGGUCCCGAAUUUGGUCAUGUCAGAAUGGCGUCUCAUGACCGACUCCCAGAGACCAGACUUGCAGGAGCCCUGGGUCAAAAGCACACCAGCCCAGUGACCAUAGUAAUCAGCAUUCACUCUGAAAACCAUGUUCCACUCCUGGUCUCCUUAAACACCGCAAGGCUGUGGCAACAGCAGUUCCAGGUGAGGCUCAGAGGUUCUGUGACUAGCCCAAGGCCACAUAACUGGGACACGGGGGGCUGGGAUUUGGUCCUAGCUGAUGUUGGAGCCCAAGCUCUGUGCCACCCUCCUCCUAUGCUCCCUGAGUUAGGGCAUGAAAUGUCCCUUGACUGUGACCGCACAUGCCUGUCUGUCCCAGGGACCCCAAAUCUCAGCCCAGAGGUGCAUGGAGGCUGGGGCACACAGGGGCAGGGAGCUGGACAGUGAUGAUUAUGAGGGUACAGCCCACUCCCCUGGCGGUGCCCUUAGUGGGAAGCCGGUACUUCCAAGUCCAAGUGUCUGUCCUGUGAACAGGGCUUUGGAGGCUCAGCCAAGUCCUCCAUCCUGGGGCGUUCCUCCCUGAGCAUCCCUCUCCCCCUGGAAAAGCAGCCCACCCUUCUCACCUGCCUGACCUGCUCAUUUAACUGUGAGAGGGACUGAGGUGAUAGUCACAGAAGGCUUUCCAGAGGAGGGAGGUCCUGCUCUGAGUUUUGAAGGAUGUGUAGGAGUUUCCCAGGUGGCCAGAAUGCCCAUUAUUCAGUUUAACUCUUGAGGGUCAGCUUAUUUCCAGGUUGGGGCAUAUCUCACGAUAGCCAAAUUAACAAUGACUUAAUAAUUAUUGGAGUUGGCUGGAACCUCAGAGUACAUCUGGCACUGUCCCCUGGUUUUAGAGAUGAGGCAACUGAGGCCCUGAAAGAAGUUUGACUUGCCCAAAGCCGCACAGUAGGUCAGUGGCAGAGCCUGGCCUGCCUAAACCCUUCCCCACUACAGGUGGCCUGACCUGAGGAGAGAGGAAGAGUGAGUCUGUUCCCUGGCCUUAGUUUACCCAGCUAUGAAAUGGGGAUGAUUGAGGGCAUACUUUCACCCUAAAAUGUGGAAAAGAAAAAAAGAGCUGUACUUUUUAUGGAGCAUUCAUUAUGUGCUGAGCAUUUCAGAAGCAUGGUCGUUCAUUAUCCCCACUUGACGGAAAAUCAAACAGGCCCUGAGUGCUCUCAUUGGGUUGGGGGCUAAUAACUCCUGGGGGAGACACUAACCAGCUUGCAGACCCCCUUCUUUCCCACAGCUCUGCCUCCGGACGCCAGGGCAAAGUGCCCCUGGCAGAGUGCCCGUCUCCCCACCCCCCAGAGGGCCAAGGGGAGGUGGGUGCCUCACACAGACCUCACUAACCCGGCCUCUCUCCUUCCCUCCAGCAGAACCAGAGGGGUCGGGGGCAGGCCCUGCCGGCCUGGGCACCC